GCAGCAUGAAUCUGCGGCUCUGCGUGCAGGCGCUCCUGCUGCUCUGGCUCUCCUUGAGCGCGGUGUGUGGAGGGCCCCUGCUGCAGACUUCUGACGGGAAGGGGAUGGAGGAAGGCACCAUCCGCCACCUGGUGCAGCCCAGAGGGCCGAGGAGCGGCCCAGGGCCCUGGCAGGGAGGUCGGAGGAAGUUCCGCCGCCAGCGGCCGCGCCUCUCCCAUAAGGGCCCCAUGCCUUUCUGAAGCAGGACUGAAGGGGCCACCACGUGUCCGCCCCCCGUGAUUCUCUCUACUCCUCCGUCGAUCGGCCUGCUUCUCUGGAGCCCCCCCAUCCGUUCGCCUCAUCUGGCCCCUGUUCUAGCUGCUGACGGUCCGGCUCUUCUCCCCCACCAGCCUCCCCGAAUGGAUUGGCGUGCUCCUGCCCCUAGCAAGGACCCAUUCAGUGCCCCCUCGUGACUUGGGAGACCCUGCACUGGAAGGCCGUCCUUCCUCUCCGCAGCCCUCCCUCUGCUCUAGUCCCUACCUCUUGUGUCCAAUACCCUAACAUCGAACGCUUCUCUCGGCCCUUCCUGCCUCAGGUAUGCCCUGGGGUCUGGGUGGAACCCGCCCUUCUUUAAUGGGGCUCCAGCAGAGUCCACGGCUUUGCAUCAGCACUUCCCCCCCAGGCCUCCAGAGGGCCAUAGAGAGCGGAGCAAUGAGAGACUCCAGUGAGAGGGACCGGGUCGUUGGGACGCAGACAGGGUGCCUUGGGGGCAUGGGAACGGGAGCUUGGCGAUCUGGCGAAGGGGGAGUGAAGCAUCGGAGAAGAGGAGGAAUAGCUACUGUGGCCUCUUCCUCAUCCCCAUGUUUGGCCCG